AUGUGCAGUACAUCAAUCAUUACAUGGAAAGUCGAAUGGUCGGUCGCUAAAAAGUCUUUGAUUGUACGUUGGCAAACUGAGCUUAUGACCGCAAUUAUUUUUACCGUUUGUGAACGAAUACAUGCUG